AUGGGGAGAAAAGGAAGGUGGUUUGACACCGUGCACAGAAUCUUGAGUACUUCUGAACCUGAUCCCGUGGAGACGCAGACGGAUGCCAAGGCUGCGAAGCUGAGAGACAAACCGAGCUUCAAGAAGUUAUGGCAAUUCGGCAAAUCAAACUCGUCCAGUGCUUCCACCUCUGCGGCACCCGCGCUGGAUGUAGAGGCUCGUCAUCAGACUCAGUUGCCACAGUCACCAGCGCCUGAUAAUAAGCAACAUUUCGAGGAGAUCACGGCAGAGGUGCAGUUCGUGGAGACGAGAUGCGAGGAAGGCGAGUGCAUGCGCCCGGCAGAGGAGGCGUCACCAACUUCAAAGGUCGACUCCACCUCCGCACACAUGGCAGCGGCAGCGGCAGCGAUCGCCCGACCCACCGUCAUCUCACCGACGACGUGGUCUGCGCGCUCAAAGGAGGACAUUGCCGCCACCAGGAUCCAAGCGGCUUGUAGGGGCCAUCUGGCAAGGAGACCACACCAGGAAAGAGGAAUUGCUAGGUUGAUGUUGUUGGUCAACGAGGGGUUCGCCGUUAAGCGCCAAACCGAGGAAGCAUUGUACUGCAUGCAGAUGAUGACAAGGAUUCAGACUCAGAUAUACUCGAGAAGGCUGAAGACUGAGGAGGACAAGAAGGCUCUCAAGAGUCAGACCAAGGUUAAACAGAGCCUGGACAAAACAAAGACUGGUGACGGCUGGGACCAUAGCCUGCAGUCUAAGGAGCAGAUGGAAGCCGUGCUGAAGAUGAAGCAAGAAGCCGCUUCAAGGCGGCAAAGGGCCUUGUCAUACGCAUUUUCUCAACAGUGGAGGAACAGGAACACCUCUUCUGCGAGAGCUGCGCAUGCGCCUGCUCCGAUGUUCAUGGACCCCGGCAAUCCGAACUGGGGCUGGAGCUGGACGGAGCGCUGGAUGGCGGCUGCGAGGCCGUGGGAGAACCAGACCACGACACCGCCGGACACUGGCCGUGUCACAUCGAAGAGUGCUAGCAGCCGGCUGCCUCGAGUGGCCGUCUCGGUCCAGAUACCCACGACCACUACUACGCCAAAGGGCAAGUCCUUCCGUCCACCGAACUGGCCGUCAUCUCUAUCGUCCCCGUCGACGCCCCCGCCACGGUCGUCGUCGUCGAUCUCAGGGAGGUCGGCCAUGCUCGCGAGCCCGAGGAGCGGCUCACUCCACGCUACGAGCGGCCUCCAGCACACCAAGAGCCUGCAGCCAGAUCGCCGCCCGCGGAGCAGCCAGGAACUCUCGGUAAACAGCCCGCGCCGCGCCGCGCCGGCGAGCCCCAGGGGCAGCGGAAGCAGCAGCCCGCUCCACACAUCGAGUGGCGCGACGACCAUGCAACUCGAGCGUCGCCCGCGGAGCAGCCAGGACCGCGGGAUGAGCAGCCCGCGCCUGGGCGCCAAGGACACCCCGCUGCGGCGCACGACGAGCCUGCGGGCGGAGCUCCCAAGAAGGCUGAGCCUGGGAAGCGCCAUCGCGGCCGCUUCCAUGGGAGACGACGAGGGCGCGCCGGUGACCCCCAGCUACAUGCAGCCAACAAAGUCCGUGAGGGCCAAGGUCGUCAGAUGCCCGAGCCCGUCGGCGGCGUUGGCCACUUCUGACAUGUUUGACGCUCCCGAGAGCGGUCCAGCGCUAGCGCCUCUACAAGUGCCUCCCUCACCGUCUUCGGCCAAGAAGCGUUUGUCCCAGGCGUUCGCGGACAAGCCGAGUGCCUCGUCGCCGAGCAAGGUGGCGCUGGAGAGGGUAAGGCGGCACUCGCAGCUUUCCAGUCCCAGGAUGUCGCUGUCCAAGUGA